CCGAAAGCAUGUUUCUAUGUAGCCAUAGCAGUUUGAUGAACAUAAUGUGUCUAUAUACAUAUAUAUGAUAUAUUUGAUUUGUUAAACUAUAUCAAAGCAAACUUUACUCUGUAAAAGAUUGGAAUACUGACAUACCGUGAUGUCAACUUUACAACAAAGUGCUGGUCAAGAUGGGCAACAACAGACAGUUCAAGGCCAGCCGAAUCUACUUAACCAAUCUGAUCAGAAGAAUGUGCAACAAGCGUUAUAUGUAGACCAAUCAUAUCAACCCGUUCAACCAAUGACUUAUCAAGCUGGUCAACCACUUGUUUAUCAAGCCGGACAACCAAUAGUCAAUACAGCUGGACAACCAAUGGCAAAUCAAGCUGGGCAGCCUGCUAUUUACCAACCCGGACAACCAAUUAUGACUCAACCUGGUAUGGUACCAUUCGGCCAACAGAUGAUUGUUCAGAAUCAAUAUGGACAGCCAGUCAUUGUUCAAGGUGGUGUACCAAUGAUUAUGCCUAUGCCCAUAGAUCCCAACAGUCCAGCACAAAAUGAACAUCCCGUCAGUACUAAAUGUCCACACUGUCAGACAGAUAUAACUACAGAAAUAGAAUAUGUUGUAGGCUCGUGCACGUGGUUGUGGUGUAUAAUGAUUGGUUCUAUGGGUUUUAUAGUUUGCUGCUUCUUACCAUUUUUGUGGAAAGGUUCCAAAGAUGUUGUUCACACUUGUCCUAACUGUAAGAAAGAAGUGGGUAGAUUCCUUCGACAACAAAGAAGUAAUACCAGGGUUCAUGCUGGAGGAGGACAUUAUCGCCGUCGACGUCGUAGACGACGAUAAAGGAAAAGUUAGUCCUAUCAAGCAAAAUUAUUACAUUGCAUGUAUAGGAUUCUUUGAAUAAAAACUCUUUAGUAUUUCGAAAAAAAUCAAGUUGUGAACUGUUUAUAAAUGUAACCAUAUCAAGUAUUUUUAAUGUUAUCUUUACUGGGCUGGUGAUGCAGCACUCGGGGAGGAAACCUUCGUCAGCAGAAUCAUCGACCCAGUGGAUGUAAAUAAAUAUAUCAUAGAUACCAAGAUCGAAAUUUUAUACGCCAGAUGUGUGUUUCGUCUACAAAUAAAGGCAACAGUGUUAUACCACUGUUCGAAAUUCAUCAGUCGCGAUCGAUUUAGAAAAACAAAACAAAUCCGGGUUACAAACUAAAGUUGAGGGAAACACAACAAAUAUAAAAGGAGAACUACGACACAACAGAAACACAACGCCAAAAUUGUAGUUUGUUUCUGUAACACACAUAGAAACGAACUAUAAUAUAACAAUGACCGUUUUCGUGACUUGGUACAGGACAUUUAAAAAAAUAAAAAUGAUUGGUUGAACCUGGUUUUGUGGCAAGCCAAACCUCCCGCUUUAUGGCAAUGUUAAAUAUAACAAAGACCCAAC